AUGUGCACAAAUAGAACGCGAACAUCAACAAAGAUUGACAGAGAUGGAGACGUUUUACAAGAACAAACUUGAUGAGACAAGGUCUGCUCUGAACCGUAAAGAUGAAGAAGUGAAGUCAUUCAAACAAAGAUUUAAUGAGAUGGAAACAUUUUACAAGAAAAAACUCUCUGAAAUGAGACUUGAGAAAGAAGCAGAUGUGAGAUGUGCACAAAUAGAACGCGAACAUCAACAAAGAUUGACAGAGAUGGAGACGUUUUACAAGAACAAACUUGAUGAGACAAGGUCUGCUCUGAACCGUAAAGAUGAAGAAGUGAAGUCAUUCAAACAAAGAUUUAAUGAGAUGGAAACAUUUUACAAGAAAAAACUCUCUGAAAUGAGACUUGAGAAAGAAGCAGAUGUGAGAUGUGCACAAAUAGAACGCGAACAUCAACAAAGAUUGACAGAGAUGGAGACGUUUUACAAGAACAAACUUGAUGAGACAAGGUCUGCUCUGAACCGUAAAGAUGAAGAAGUGAAGUCAUUCAAACAAAGAUGGAGCAGAUUCUACAAUGAUUCGUUCAUCAUAGCCAUGCAGUUUGGCAAUGAACACAGUGGAUAUGCCUUUAGUUUAACAACCAGAGAAGCAGAAAUUGAUCCCCACACCAAGUAUUGGGGUGAAGAAUUUGGACUGCAGACUCCAAAGACUCUAACAUGCAUUCUCUUCAAUGAACAUGAAGAAUUUUUGAAUUUUGGAUAUGGAGCCAAAGCAGCAUAUCUCAAAAUGCGAGGACAAGAAGCAAAGAGAAACUACUUCUUUGAAAAGUUCACGAUGACCCUCUACAGCAAAAACCUGAACAGGAGUGCAACCAUUAAAGCUGCAAACGGGAAGUCCAUGAAGGCACUGAAGGUGUUCACAGAAGCUCUGAGAUACCUGAAGGACGACGCUCUGAGAACCAUCGGAGAAAACACAGCAGGGAGGAAGUUCACAGCCUCUGACUUCACCUGGGUGCUGACUGUACCUGUGAGCCGGGAUCCUUCAGCAAAGCAGUUCAUGAGAGAAGCUGCAGCUCGGGCUGGUAUUGUGACCAAAGGAGAGGAUGACAGACUGUUGAUACCAUCAGAGGCUCAGGCAGCCUCAGUGUGGUGCAUGAAGCUCCCAGCUGAUGGAUUCAUAGCAGGAAGUCAUGAUGCAGUCACACUAGAGCAGACUCCAGGAACAAAACACAUUGUUGUGAAUUGUAAAGGUGGAACCAUCGACAUCACAGUUCAUGAAGUCCUGGAUGGAGGAGCCCUGAAGGAGCUGCACAAGGCCUCAGGAAAUGAUUUUGGGGGACAAACUGUGGACAGGAAAUUCAAAGAGUUCCUCAGAGAAAUCUUCUGUGAUGGUGUCUGGGAUGAAUAUGAGAGAAAUUAUCCCAGUGAGGUUCAGAGGAUAAUGUAUGAUUUUAUGUAUUUCAAACAGGUAGAUGAUGAUGUUGAGAUCAGCUGUCCAUUUAGUCUGGGAACACUGGCUCAGAGAAGGCAGGACAUAGAAAAGUUCUUUGAAUCAGUGCGAGGUGCUUCCUGGGAUGAAGGAUCCAUCAAAAUCUCCAAAGAGAGACUGAGGUCUUUCUUUGCUGAGAGUCUGAAGGGCAUCACUGACAGUCUCAAAGAAAUCCUGAAGAAGCAUCUAAACAUGGAGUACAUUCUGUUAGUGGGGGGCUACGCUGAAAGCCAGAUUCUACGGCAACAUGUUAUUGAUCAGUUUGGUGAUCAGUGCAAAGUCCUGUGUCCUUAUAGGCCUCAGGAAGCGAUCAUAAAGGGAGCUGUGAUGCUUGGAAGAAACCCAGCAGCGGUGGCAUCUCGAAAAUCUGCCUUUACUUACGGGUUUGCAGAUUCAGAGACGUUUGAUCCAUCCAAACAUAAGAAAGAAAAGACAUUUGUAGUCCAAGGGGAGGAGUUUUGUGGAGAUAUUUUUAGGAAACUUGUGGAGGAAGGUGAAGAUGUUGACUGGGAUGAAACCAGAGAGCUCAUCUUUAAUGUACUGGAAGCAAAAGAAUAUCACGCACAUGUAAGAAUCAGGUUUUAUCGCACAGAAAGAAGAAAUCCUCUGUAUGUGGAUGAAGAGGGAGCGGAGGAAGUCGGUUCACUCAUUGUAAGAAUGCCCACAACACGAGGCAGGAAGCAUGAAGUCAAACUGAACAUCAAAUUUGGCUACACUGAGAUAACGGUCACAGGCACAGGGUUAGUUUAUGGGUCUAAAGAAUCAGCCAUGAUUGACUUCAUGACCAGAUCAUGAAGAUCUUUACAAACACUGAGAAACCAGCAGCUUCUGUCUCUGUGUUCGUCCUGCUAUGGACCAACCCUGCCUCUCCUCCAGUAACUGCAGCCUAUCCCAUCACCCUACUGUGGAUAACUUUUAUGGAUGGAUCAUAUUUUUCUUAUGAUCAAACUU